CUCACUCCACACUAGCGAGCCAUCACCGCGAAGCCACGAUCGAGCCGAGCGCACUCAUGAGGGCGAGGCAGCGCGGUGAGAGAGGUGGUAUGUCGUCGACGAGCACGAGGUCGAGGCUGGCGGCGGCGGCAGACGGGGCCUCGUGGUGCCUCGCGCUAUCGGCGCUGGCGGCGCUGCUGCUGGUGUGCUCCCUCGGCGAGACAUCGGAGGCGGUCACUGUGCGGGGCGCGUCGCUGUCGGCGCGGUGGCGGCCGUGCGAGGAGGUCUACGUGGUGGUGGAGGGCGAGACGCUGCACGGCAUCAGCGACCGGUGCGGCGACCCCUACAUCCUGGAGCGCAACCCGCACGUCCACGACCCCGACGACGUCUUCCCCGGCCUCGUCCUCAGGAUCACGCCCUCCAGCCCCAGCACCAGGCAGUCCGUCCCCGCUAGCCCGUAGGUAGAAGAAGAAAGAAGAAGAGUUUGAUUGUUCUGAAGAAUCAUUCCAGUUCGCUCUGAAGAAGUCUGAUUUAGUACGAGUAACCUCGCUAGUCUUAGUGGUAGAGGACAGAGUGUCAGAGUUCACUGACGGAUAGUAUAUGCCUGGUUUCCUUGUAA